AUGAUGCAGGAGUACCAAACAGAAAGAAUAAAUCAGCUCGAAGCUUUGAAAAUAGAUUAAGAAUGUUCAAACCUUCUUAAAGAUGGGUUAGUAAAAGCGUUUCAAUACUUUAAUCCAUAGACAGUUAAUAAAUACAUUCCAGAAUUCAAUUUAAUAGUUGAUUUCAUUUAUUUUAGAGAAACUGUGAAUAAAAAUAACAAUUUACCAGGAAACUAACUAUAAAACGUUAAAUAUACAGCAAGUGAUUUGCUUGAAAACGGAAACUUGUCUAAUAAGAGAAAAAUUAUUUUUUUCUUAGUUAAAGUAGUCGGCACUUAUGCAAUUAACAAACUUCAUAAUUUAAUUACUCUGAGAAAUAUAUCUAACAAUGGCAACAAUGAUCAAGAAGAAAGCAAAUUUUAUAAAAUACUCAAAAAAAUAUUAGAUGUUGGCGAAAAAAUAUAUAAAGUUUUAAAUUUAGCUAAUUUUGUUAGCUUUUUGAUUAAUGGAAAGUAUAGAUCGAUUGAAGAAAGAAUAUGUGGCAUAUAAAUGGGCUAUAUAAAUUCUUAAGUUGUCAGAUAUUUAGAUUUUGAGCUAAUUAACAGAACAAUUAUAUGGGGAAUUAUUUCAGAUUUUGUUAAAUUUGCUCUUCCUUUAGCAAAUAACAUGCGUUUGUUUAAAAUGGUGAGCAAUCUCUUCAUGUUUACCACAUUUCUAGGUUCUAUCUCAAACGAUGCCUCAUAAGACAUAGCAGAUGUUAAAUGUGGAGUAUGUGAAGACUCUUAAAUGACUAUGCCUAGAUAAAUAAACAAUUGUAAGCACAUUUUCUGCUAUUAUUGCAUAACAUCUUAUCUUCAAUCAAAAGCUGGAUAAUAAAAUAUAAAAUGUCCAUAAUGUGAUGCAAUUUAUGACAAACUAGAAAUUGUUACUAAUUGA